UGGCGUCGUCAGGUCGAUCCGGCACCCCUAGAGACUCGCCUUCCCUCCGAUGGCAUUGCUUGAGCUCCUGGUGCAGUUGGCCCAGCCCCGACCUUUGCUUCAGAUUUCACGUCCACAGACCAGAGUGAUUGAUUUCGGGAUUUAGCCAGUGGAGUCCCCAGAGGUCCAUACCGCCUUCCCUGCCAACACCAGGAGUUGGUCUGUUCCCCCAUUCUAAAAGGCUCAAUUACUGACCACAGGAGCUGUGUUUGGUGUUAUUUCCAGGGGGAUCCGUAUUUUAACAGAGGACCCUGGAACUCCAAGUGUCAACCUGGCUCAGGUUGGUAGUAUCCGUCCAGCUCGGGGCGGGAGGACAAUGAGCGAAAGUAACCACCACCAGCCACGGGCAAAUACAGGCCGGGGACGCCGUGGAGCCGGAGCAAAGCAAGUGAAGGAGAACAAUGAAGCGUAUGAAAUGCGGCUCAUCCAAAGGCAUGGGUAUCAGAUGGAAUCUCAGACGCAAACUCAUCAACAGUUAUAUUACGGCCUGAGCCCCCCGGAGAACUUUGAUGAAGCUCCAGAGAUGCCACCUCCUUCCCUGACUCUGGUAACCAGUAUGAGGACACAGUUGCACAUGGCUUUGGAGAGGAACUCCUGGCUCCAGAAACGAAUCGAAGACCUGGAAGAAGAACGGGACUUCCUACGUUGCCAGCUGGACAAGUUCAUCUCCUCUGCCCGCCUGGAUGCUGACGAUCACUGCCGCAGCAAGCAGCCCCCACGGCGGUCGGAGGUGCCGGAGAGCCGGAACGGGGAUGUGACGGAUGACGACAGCAUGGGCUCCUGGCUGAGUGGCAGCCCCGAGGAAGGGGGCUCCACGGAGCACAAGAAGCAGAAAGGGGGGGCCAACCGGCGGCGCUUCGUCAAACCUAAAGUCCGUGAGAGGCAGAGAGUCAAAGAUGUCGAUGGUGUGUUGUGUCGCUACAAGAAGAUCCUGUACACGUUUCAGAAGCUGCAAAGCAUGAGCCGGGCCUUCGAGCACCACCGGGUGGACCGCAACACCGUGGCCCUGACCACGCCCAUCGCCGAGCUCCUCAUUGUGGCCCCUGAAAAGCUGGCCGAGGUGGGCGAAUUUGACCCGUCCAAGGAGCGGCUGCUGGAGUACUCCCGCCGAUGCUUCAUGGCGCUGGACGACGAGACCCUCAAAAAAGUUCAGGCCCUCAAGAAGAGCAAACUGCUCCUGCCCAUCACCUAUCGGUUCAAGCGGAAAACGGACUCCCCUGGCCCGGCUGCCGGCACCCCGUUGCCCUCGCCUGCUACUCCACCCAAGCCGCUCCUACCCAUUGUGGAUUGUUACAAGCGAUGAUUUCCCCCCGUUUGCCAGAGGCCACUUCGCCAGCCCUUGCAUCGUUCUUCCUGUCUAGCGUUCUCCCAGCUACUGCCGUGUUCCCCAGGGCCUUUCCGUGCUUCCUAUCCACCGCCUCUCCUGCUUUCCCACAGUUUUGAUGCUGAAACUGCCACUUCAUAGGCAAGGCUGGCUCGCCCAUGGGGCAAACAAGGUGCAUUACCCAGGAGCACCUGUUCUUUUCGGGACAGCAUCCAAUCAGGCAUGCCUAUCUGAUCAGACACUGAUAAGGGCCUUCAAGGCCACUAUGGGAUGGGUCUUGCCUCUUUCACUGCCCUCUGGGAACUGGCGGAAUGGACAGCCAGAAGAGAAAUGGAGGCAGGCAGUGGCACAGCUAGGACUUGACCAUGGGGCUGAUAUCUAAGAACCACGCUGCCAGGUCUUGCUCCCCAAACAUCCAUCCAGAGCACAGCAGGUAAUGGUGGUGGCGGCAGACACACCUGGACUCUGCUGCUAGAUUGGCAUGGGCAGAUAGAGACCUACCUGGGCUGUUGGCCAUUGCCACCUUUUUUUAAAUGUUUAUCAGGUGUGCAGUUGCACAGGUGUGCAGUCUCUUUAUCUGAUCUAACAUACCAGGCAUAUGCUAGGCAGAGUCAAUUGUAGUAUGGUGGUGUAGGGAGUGAAGAGAGCAAUGUUCACUGGGAGUUUCACAUCUGAAAUUGCACACUUGACUAUUUAAGAGUGUUACCCCAGAAGACCCUAUAAGCUCUCGGGGUAAGAUGACCCGGCUACACCACUGGGGGCAGAGGGAGCAACUUAGCAGGAUAAACACAUCUUGUACAGUUAAGGCGCAGCAGUGUAGGUUGUUUGACAGCAGUUGCAGCUUUAGGCUGGCCCCAUUAGAAUUGCCAGGUCUUUAUGUGAAGCCUUGCAAAUAAGUUAAGUACUCUUUUAUCACCUAAUUGUCCCAGGUGUGCAAGUCAUUUGUGGCAUGCCCACAGCCUGCAAAAGCAAAACAUAAACAUUUGCCAAAGAAAAAGUCCCUGCUUUGUUGCCUAGAGGCCAUUUUAAUUGCCACCACAAGCUCCUUUCCAGAGCUGCAAGUGCGAGUGGAAUUGCUGCAUUUCCAACCCUUGCUGCUUGGGGCAGCUUGGCCUCAAACCUGGAGGUAGUGCCUGCUCCCUUAAAAGCCUACUGUGGGCAAUGGAAUUCACCCACGGCACAGUCCACCCCACUGCUCUGUCCUCCUUUCUUGUCUGUUAUGGGGCAAGAAUAGAACCUGGUAGAGAAAGAAAGUGGCUGAACCUGAAUGGGCUGUAGCAGUUCACCCCUAUCAUCGGAUGCCAUGGCCACCUUCUCUGUUUUCUGAGCCUUUAGCAGAUGCUACUGGUACUUCGUCAAGCUUUGCUCUUCCUGCUGGCUGCCUUCUAAUUUUCCUAAGAUUGGAGGAAUUCACUGCAGCCUUGAGCUGCCUCCACACACUUUCCUCUAGUCACCCAAAGAAGGCCCAGCAUUCCACGAUUCCUUUGCAUUUCUUACCUCAUGGCUGUCCUGGAAGGCACCCGGGGGCACCAGCUACCCACUUUCCUCGCUGUUGUCAUAGUGCAGGUCCCCAACCUGGGCUCUGUUUUGCUGGCAAUUUUGGGCCAUUUACUCUUUUCCUUUUGCUCCCUGAGACAGGGUAUGUGCACACAUGUAUGUAUUAGCCCAAGCCAGAAUGACUAAUCACUGAGGAUGAUAGGAGUUGUAGUCAAAAAAUGAGGAUGAUACCCAGUUGGAGAAGACUACCCUACACCUCUGUGGCUUCAAGAUGCCACUGCGUAUGUAUGUCCACUCGUGUGUGUGUGCAUGUGUGCACGUGUGCGCGCACGGGCACACAAGUGUGCAAGGGUUUGACUCCUAUAUCCCAUUUCUUGGGGAUGCCUCCUUUUUAUUCAGUGUAAUUAAUGGACUCUUCCCACUGUGCCUGUAAUUUCUCACCCAGUCUUUUUCUCUGUGUAAGAACAUGAACAACAAAAAACCUAACUUAAAAAAUAAAAUGUUUAACAAAUCAAUUUACUAAAAGGGUUUAAAUUAAAAAAGCAUUUUGAAUAAAA